UGAGGCGAGUCAAAGAAGAGGAUUGCGCCGCAUUUCACGCGACACGAACGUCCCGACAUGUGUCCGUGUGUACAGUGCGUGCUUUACAGUGGAAUUCCUGUAGAGAGCAGUAGAUAGUUUUAAUAAGUGCUUACACCGCCGAGCGCUGCCCUUACUGUACCGGGCAUAAGCGGAGGGAGGAGCGAGCGUGUAGUAUUUCUUUUUCGCUUCUUUCCCCCGAUGUCGUUGCAGCCCAUCCAAACGCUACUGGAAGGCAACAAAAAGAGGAAACAAACGGCUUCAAUCCGCGCUGAAGCUUUGCAGGAAGGAGCACUGGGGGUUGUUGUCCGAGCGGGGAGAUAAUUUGACGGUACGAGGAGCAGCAGCUUGGCCGAGGAAUGGGCUCGGAGUGAGGGGACGGGGGAGCCAUCCAGCGCUUCUCUACUGCUACACUUGUGCAUGAACCCGGGGACUUUCUCACGCUUUAUUUCCGCCUCGUAUCCCAGCGGGAAGUUGUGUCCAAACCGCGUGGGGAGUAACUGAAGGUGAAGAGUCUGCGAAGACCUGUGUUGGGAUAAAAGCUGUAUUCAAAUCUAAAGAAAGGGCACUGAAGUGAAGGCAGCUGACAACCAAGAACGGAGGCAAGGCGGACUACACAACGCAAGAGGCCUGGGGAAAUCAUUAACUCCACGCUCGCGCAGUAUGACUGCAAAACUCCAGAGACUUGUUGAGCGAAUAUGAAAAGGCACCGAAGCACUAUUUCAGCCUGGAUCCCAAUCCUCCCACUGCGUUCCUGAGACUGUCAUCCACCUCCAGCCCUGGCCUCAAGGCCAGCUGAUAUACCCGAGGAACCUACAUCAUCUUUCAUAUUUUCCAGCAUCACCCUGAGCAACAACACACCGGGUGCACUCCUUUUGGAGAAACGCCCAAAACCCACCUUCCGAGGACACCAGGGACCGGCCCCUAGGGACUGGCCCCUGUUAUGUUUUGUUGACCGACUCGUCCCAACCGGCGAAUGACAAGUGUGCAUCCGAGGGUGGGGCUUGCCUCAGUCUCUCAUGAUUGGCUGCUGGAUGGAAUUAAGGUGAAUGGAACACAUGCCCAAGGAGCAGGACUCUAACCCAUCAGAGGGAGAAGAGAAACAGUGGCUCAAUGGCCCAAAAAGGAAGAGGAAGAACAGCCAAUGUUCGGUGAAGAGCAUGACUGGGUACAUUCCCAGCUACCUCGAAAAGGAUGAGCCAUGUGUGGUGUGUGGCGACAAGGCCACGGGUUACCACUACCGCUGCAUUACCUGCGAGGGCUGCAAGGGUUUUUUUCGUAGGACCAUUCAGAAGAACCUCCACCCGGCCUACUCCUGUAAGUACGAUGGUUGCUGCAUCAUCGACAAGAUCACCCGCAACCAGUGCCAGCUGUGCCGCUUCAAGAAGUGCAUUGCUGUGGGCAUGGCCAUGGACUUGGUACUGGAUGACUCAAAACGGGUGGCUAAACGGCGCCUGAUUGAGGAGAACAGGGAGCGGCGUAAGAAGGAGGAGAUGGUAAAAUCCCUCCAGACCCGUCCGGAGCCCACGGGGGCCGAGUGGGAGCUGAUCCGCUUGGUGACGGAAGCCCAUCGUCACACCAAUGCUCAGGGCGCACAGUGGAAGCAGAAGCGCAAAUUCCUGCCAGAGAAAAUCGGCCAGUCUCCAGUCGCUCCAACAUCAGACGGAGACAAGGUGGACCUGGAGGCCUUCAGCGAGUUCACCAAGAUCAUCACUCCCGCCAUCACCCGUGUCGUUGACUUUGCCAAAAAACUGCCCAUGUUCUCUGAGCUGCCUUGUGAAGACCAGAUCAUCCUGUUGAAGGGCUGCUGCAUGGAGAUCAUGUCCUUGCGCGCAGCCAUGCGCUACGACCCGGAGAGCGAGACGCUGACGCUCAGUGGGGAGAUGGCUGUGAAGCGGGAGCAACUGAAGAACGGCGGGCUGGGCGUGGUGUCGGACGCCAUCUUUGAUUUGGGCAAGAGCCUGGCACAGUUCAACCUUGACGACACGGAAGUGGCGCUCUUGCAAGCCGUGCUUCUCAUGAGCUCAGAUCGCUCAGGCCUGACCUGUACGGAAAAGAUCGAGAAGUGCCAGGAGACGUACCUGCUGGCGUUCGAGCACUACAUCAACUACCGCAAGCACAACAUUCCCCACUUCUGGCCGAAGCUUCUGAUGAAGGUGACGGACCUGCGGAUGAUCGGGGCGUGCCACGCCAGUCGCUUCCUUCACAUGAAGGUGGAAUGUCCCAACGAACUCUUCCCCCCGCUCUUCUUAGAGGUCUUCGAGGACCAGGAGGUGUGAGACACACUUGCCGGCACGCAAAGGGAAGAGAAAGUUGGAGCGAAACAGAAGAUGGGUUAGUCCAUCGUGCUUGUGGGGGAAGAAUGGAGGGAGAAUCCUCUCUGCAGGAAUCUGCAUUUCUCUGACAUCACAUUCACAGUAUGUGGUUUUAAAACUGGAAACAACAAUAUCAGAAACAACACACCAGCAACAGGAGAGUGAAGCAAACAGAGGAUUUUGUUUUGUGAACACCCUCUUCUCCACCUCUUUCUCCUCCUUAUACCAACCCCUGUUUUAAAAUCUGUUUGGGGGCCCUUCUGUCUGAGCAUAAUGUCUUAUCUAGUAAGAGUUGUAGCCAUUUGCCAAGACACAAACACACACAGACACACACACACACACUCACAGCCUGUUCCACCUCAGUUCUUCAGGGCAGCACUCUUUGGAGGGUCAGUUCCCCCUCCUUGGUUUUAUUGUAGCGGUCACAGAUUUACACUUGUCUUGAAGCCCAUGUUUCCAGCGUCAAAGCUGGCCAGCACCUCUCAGUAUUAUUUCUGAAUAAGUGUUAAGGCAUUGAUUCAGAAGGUAUGGACAGUAGUGUCAUCUUGUUGCUCACAGUCAUGCAGGCGCACGAAUUUAGCAGACACUGCACAUAAAAAUUUCAGCAGACGUAAACGUUUCCGUGGUGUAUAACGGCGGCAGUAAAGCAGAGCAGCCACACCACUUAUCAAUUACUCAACUCAAUCUGAGCCAUGACAGCUGUUUUUGGAGCUUGUUCUUCUCAUAUCCCUGUGAAACCGGUGCUAUAUUUAUAUAAGGCUACUCCAGUUUUAUGAAAUUGUGUUCUCUACCUUUGAAAAACAUACAGACCAUGGCUUCAUAUCUACUUUCAUUUUUGUCAUUGGACCGGUUCCUGUGACAUACAACACACACAUACGCACACACACGAGCAGACUUGCCUUGUCAUUGCCUAUGCUGCUUGUGCCAGCAGCCUACCAUCUUAUGAAUGACAAGUAAGCCCUUCUCUGUCUGAAGAGUUACAGCAUUGAAGGAAGGGAAGGAAGAGAAAAAGAAGGGGAAGGAGAAAGGGAGAUGCUUAGAGGGGAGGUGGGAGAAAAGGAAGGCGCAGGGACAGAGAGAGGAAUUACAACGUAAAAGCUGGACUGUAGCCAGAGGUCAGAAGUAAAUCUCCCACACCCAACCUCCGAGGAGGCUCUGAAUAGCAGCAAACACCAGCAAGACGGCAGGCCUCAUCACAUACACACUGACUCUCUUUUUGUCUUUUUAACUCUCUCACACACACGAAAACACACAUCACCUCAGAGUAACGUGAAUGCCUCAUUUUACUGAAUGCACUGCACGGCAGUGUUGAUAUACAGCCCUAACCUGCAGGGUUUGUACAGAGUCCUCUUAUCGUGGGCUCAACUCAGUGUGGCCCCUCCAGGCUUCCAUACACAUUUGCCUUCUGUUUUGUUUUGUUUUUUUCUUGCUUCUUGGUUAUUUUCUUUUUUUUUUUUUUUUUUUACCAUGGACGUCACUGAGAGCAGGCAAAUGCCAAGAAGGCUACCAUUUACCUCAAAGUGGACACACCCCUAGGCUGGGGCAGCAUUACUGCCCCUGUGGUGUCAGGCACUACCUCACCUCUGUGGACACAGGGCAGCUGCCCACAGCCUACACACAGACAUACACCAUUCGAGUUGGAGUAUGUGUAGAAUGAUACACAGAUGUGCAUAGCUUUUUGCAUAGGUGCACACUCGUAGUCAUGGAAAGACUAAAACACUCGCAGAAUACACACAUACACACAGCGCUGUCACUUGGUUCAAAUGAAAUACCACUGAAGACAGGAGGGCCAACCAUCCCCCUGGAAGGUUUUACCCCCUUCCAGGGAGUGGUACCCAUAACAUUCGGGUUAUCUCUUCUUCUUUUUCUUUUUCUUUUUUUUUUAUCAAGUGGGACCAAGUGUCAUCUUUUCAAAUUUGGAUUUACCAGUUUCUCUAAAGACAGAAACCGGCUCGCAGAAGCAACGAAGGACAGCGUGGGAUGUGCAGCCCAUUAAAGCAAAAAGCAGCAAGAGGAACGAUUACACGGAGUAACUGAAAAGUCAAGGUGGCCACGCCCGUCAAAUCAGCAUGUGGUGAUGACGUACCACGCUACACUUACGAUAGCUGCCACUGGAGCUUGGUAAAUAUUUUCAUGGAAAAUUUCAGCUUUCUGUCAUGCAUGGGCAGUGUGUUUGACAUAAAAAAUGAUGGAGUGAAGCCUCCUCACAAGCAACUCAAUCGCACUUCUAGCUCCCCAACGCUCACUACUAUAGCAGUAAUAUCUCAGCUCAAACAUCCAUGGCAGAUAUGACAAGUUUACCCUCCAAAUGACCAUACAAGAGUGUUUGAUUUGAUUUCAAAAGCUCACUCUGUUCAAUCCAAUUCUGGGGCCAAGCCAAAUCUCACUGGGUUGAAAGAAAUCUAGUUUAUUUUCUAUCCAAUACCAAGCAGUAGUUUAUACUGGGCACAUGCACAGGAUGGGUUAUCCACACCUCCUCAGAGCUUGAGUGCAGUUGGGAGGGGAGAGGAACUGGAACGCCAUCUUUGGGCACAGCGGUGGAGUCUGGUUUGAUUCUUCCUAAAGUGCAUCACCACCUCUAGAGAUCCAUCCCCACUCUUUUCUUUUCUACCCUCCUCUUGUCCAGUCCGUGACACUGCCCUUUCUGGAGCCUAGCUCAAGUCUAACCCCCCCUCCUGCCAUCAAUAUGAUAACAGACCCCACUCAGCCAGGCUGGUGGGAGUUUUUGCACUAAUGCAACACCCCAUAAACUCUCCUUUUCGGGUUAGUUUCCCCAAUUAAAAUUGACCACAAAUGGGUAUUCUGAACUGCUCUGUUUAACUGGGCCUUUGCACUUGCAGUGGGCUUGGCCCUAAACCUGUCCUGUUGUCAGCAUUACACCAGUAGAGCCAAAACAGCCCAAAAGCAGUGGGCAGAGAUCCCUCCAUAGGAGGGCUUUCUCUUUAUCCAUGUAGUACUCACUGUCCCAUACUAGAGCCCACUCAAAGUUCACUUUAAGCCCUCUUCUGAACACUGAAAAUCCUCUCCUUUACCCAAAGCAUCCUAGCUGUCACCGCUGAGCAGUUCAUACCCAGUUCUGUCCAGAUUCAUUCACACCAAACAGGAUCCAGGCCUUGUGAAACAAGGCUGGCCAUAACUGCCCUUUUAGAGUGGCGCCACCAAUUGAAUGUGACCGACAAAGCAGCAGGGACGAGAGACUGGAGUGUGAGAAUGCGUGGAUGCAAGAGAAGAAGAAAGGACAGGAAACAAAGAAACAAACAAACAAAAAAAGCUGAGGGCCCCAACUCUCACUGCCAUCAUUGACAUGGGCGAGAGGGGGUGAUGUGGCUGGUUGCAGAGACAAUGUCGUCAAACACAGGGAGGAAGGGCAGAUGUCCCCUUCGGCUCCCACGCAGCCCCACGCAAACCCCCGCUCCCGUGCCAGCUGACGACCCCAAAUGUCCUCCCUCAGCUCCCACUGUAAGGAUUACCUCCAACGUUCAGAUUGUGAGGAUCAGGAAGACAGAUCCCGCAUUCCUGAGAUGCAGGUUUGGGAUUCCAACACAUCUUUGUAAAAGAACCGAUAAAGAAAUCGACGGCCUUUGUUUUUGUGAGCUGACUGGGUAUGUGCGUGUGACAGUAGGGGUUAUAAUGCUGCUUUUUACCUUCUGAGUCUGAUGUAGAUUAAGAAAACAAAAGAUAUAUGAAAAGGAUUUUACAUCCGUCAAACAAUAUGAAAAAAAAAGAUGACUUUAAAAAAAAAAAAAGACUCCGGAACAAAAUUAUUGGAGAUUUUUUUUUUCAUUUUAUCAUUGUUUUCUUAUAUUUCUGUUUGUUUGUUUUUUUGACCCUUCAACUGCUCUGUGUAAAAGAAAAACAAAACAGCUGUUGUCACUUUUUGACCAUGUGUGCAGUGUAACAUAUUUCACUUCUUUUUCACGUCUAUAGUUUGUGUUUGUAAGCCAACUGAUCUGUUUGUCCGUGUGUCUGUCCAGUUGUCCGUCCCCUUUUAUCAGGAGGAAAUUUACAACCAACAAAAAAAACCCAGGAAUUUCUUUUUUUAUAUAUAUUUUGUUCCUUUUUUUUUAAUGAAAUACAUCUUUGGAGGAAAGAAAAAAAUAACAAAUAGAAAAAAAUAACGCAACAAAAACUGAAAAUACAAAAAAACAACAAAAAAAACUGAAACACAAUCUUGUCAUACCUCACACAACACAAGACUCAAA